AUGGAAAAGCAGAUAGAUUAAGAAGAGGAAAUCAUUUUAGAUAAGCAAGAGCUUUUGCUUUAGUAGCAAUAAAAUUAAGCAAGAAAGAAUCAAAAGAAUAAUUAGAUUGAAAUAAUAGAUAUGAAAUAAAAUAUUGAAGCUUCUUUAAAUAAAUUUAAUUUUUACGAAGAAAUAAACUGGCCUAAUGUCAGGAUAAUUGAAGAACAUAAAUAUUACAAUAUUGAAGAAGGUCAUGUAAAUAAUUAGCCAUAAAAAAAGCUAUCUAUUAUUAGAAUAAAAUUUAAUGAUCAUCCUUAUAGAUAAUAAUUAUUUAAUGAAGUACAUAGUAAUUUUAAUUUAAUAAUGGAGAAUUAUUAGAAGUUCAAGAUUUUACCUAUCAUUUUUCAAGUAAAAUAAAUUGAAGAAAAGGAAAUAGUUAUAAUUACUUAACAGUUUCUUAAUCAAUAUGAUUUUAAACUUAAAUUUACAAGUAAAGAUUACAUAAAUUGGCUAUAUGAGGCUACAUUAGAUUUGUUGCAGUUAAUCAAUCAUGGUAUUACAUUUUACGUAGGAUCUCUUUAGCAAUUUUCUAUUGUUUAAACGAGGAUGAAAUACUUUUUAAUCAAUCCUGUGAUAUUUGUACCUAAAGAUUUGCAAAUGGGUCUAAAUUAUAAAGUAGACUCAGAGGAAAUAAAUAACUAGGAACAAUAAGCAAAGUUAAAUAAAUAAACUAAAGCUAAUAUUUCAAACUCAAUGAAUGGAAAUGAAGAAAUAUAUAGUGAGACAAUUUAAAAUAUAAUCACUUAAAGUUUGUUUUUUUCAUUAUCUCUCGUUUUACAAAGAAAUUUGUUUGCAAAUGAGAUUAUUAAUAAAAAAAAUAAGAAUAUUGAAAAAUUAAUGUUGAAGCUUAUUGAGGAGUCUAUUUCGAUAGAGAGAAGUAAAUAUGUCAAUUAGGUUAUGGAUGAUUUUUAAAAAAAUUAAAGAUGGCAUUUAUUAGAACUAAGAAGGAAAAAAAAAGGAAGAAGAAAGUCAUUAAGUAAAAGUAAAAACUCUAAAACAAAAUAGAAUAUUUACAAUGAAUUUUCAGAUUAGUGGGAAGAACUAAAAUAGAAUGAAGAAAAAAGAGUAAAAGAAAGUUUCAAAAGUGAAUAUUAGUCACUUUAUGAUUAAAUAAUUAGUAUAAAUGAAUUGAAUUAUGAUCUGAUUUAAAUUAAUAAGCAACUUAAGCAAUAGUUUUAAAUUGAAAAAAAUAUUAAAAAAAAAUAAAUGAUUUCUCUUUCUGAUGAAAGAAAUGUUAAAAAACUCGUUUAGUUACUGAAUCAGAAUCAAAAUAAAUCAGAUAUCAGAGACUAAAAUAGUUAAAAUGAUGACAAUAAACAUAAUAAGGAUGAAGAAGAAUUAGAAAUAGAAGAAGAGAAAAAGUUAACAAAUAAAAAAAAUUUAUAAAAAAAGACUUCAAAUGGCAAGGUAAAAAAACAAAUAUCAAAAUUAAACAAAAAAGGCAUCAAAAAGUAAGAAAAGUAAGAAAAUGAAGAAAAUAAAAGAAUUAAAUUAAAUGAUGUUAAAAGAAAAAUAAAAAUACCUAGAAAGACAGGGAGACUUUUUAAAGGCAGUGGAAUAAUUUUAAAUAAUGAGCCAGAUAAUUAAGAUGAAAAAGUCGAAAUUCAGGAUAAUAAUUCUGUUGAAGAAAAACACUAGAUUAACUCAAUCAAAUUUUCAUUUAGUAUUUAUAGUGAUAGCUAAUAAGUAAAUUUGCUUUAUAAAGCAUUAAAACCUUACAAGAAUAAUCUGACUUCGCUGACUCUUUUAUUCACUUCAAUAAAAUUAAAUUCAAAAAUAUUGAUAAAAAGUAUUAUUCCUAUUUUUUCUUUUCCCAAUCUUUGCAAUCUUAGAAUUAAUUUAAAUGGCUGCUUUUAAUCCAACCCAAUAUUCUGGGAAGAAGGAGAUUUGGAUGAUGAAACUGCAUAACAAGAUGAUAUUUCAAAAGAUAGUCUAAAAAAAUAGAAAAUGAAUUAAAUGCAUGAUGAAUCAAAAUAAAAUCAAUAAAAAACUAAAAAUGAAAAAAUACAAGAAAUUAUCCAAAAACUUAUUGAAAGAGGAUCUAAUCCAUAACUUGAGUUCUUUGAAAUACACUUAGAAAGAAAUUAUGCAAGAGAAGAAGAUAUUGAUAUUUUAUUUGGAUUUUUAAAAAGCGCUUUUAAAAAUUUGGCAGAAUUGGAAAUAGGUUGGUAAGAUUCGUAUUUAAAUGAAAAGUAAGUAACUUAAAUAUGCAAUCAUCUCUUACAUUUUAAAGAUUAGCUCACCUAGGUUGGAUUGACCUUAUGGAAAAACUCAAGAAUAGGUGAUGAAUAAGUUUAAGAAAUAUGCGACUGUUUAGCGUAAUUUACAAAUAUAGCAUCUGUUACAAUUGGUUUACUUGACUGCAAAGUCACUAACUAAAUUGGAGUUAUUUUAAAAAAUUUAUUAGAUAAGCUGCCAUUUUUAGUCAUGCUUGAGAUUGGUUUAGAUGAUAAUAACCUAAACUCUGCUCUUGGUAUUAUUGGUUAGGGAUUAAAAUAUUAAAAGUAAUUAAGAUAUUUAGGAAUUAGUUUUUAAGAUUCUUAUAUAAAUGAUGAGUCUUUAAAUAUUUUUUGCGAUGGUCUAUCCCAUAUGUAUAAUUUGUAGGAUUUUCAUUUCUUUGUUGGUAAAAAUCAAUUGACUUAUGAUUCUAUAACUAACUUUUUCGAUCUUCUUAGCCCAUAUAGCAAAUAGCUGUUGACUUUAGAUUUAGGUUUUUAAAAAUCAAACUUGUCAAGUGCUUAAUUUACAGAAUCUUUCUGCUAAUUCCUAAAAAAUUAGUUUAAUUUGGUAAAAAUUGAGUUAUCCUUUGACAAUACCAAAUUAAAAGGAGAUAGUAUUGCAAAGAUUUUAGAUAGUAUAAAUAGAGAGUAAGAAUUUGAAGUUAUUCGUCUAAACUUGUAGCGCUGCAGUUUAAGCUCAGAAGGCUUUUUGGCCAUGACGAGAUUGCUAGAGGAAAUUCAGCAUCCAUAAGCCUUAACACAUUUAAGAAUAUAUGCACCUAAAAAUUUGAUGACACUAAAUGAAGAAGAGUAAAAAGCACUAGGAUCUUCAAUAGGAAAAUUCAUAAACUUAAUAGAAUUAGAUUUAGAUUUUUCCGGCUGCCAUUUUUUUAAUGAUUUUUUUUUAGAACUUUGUGAAUCAUUGUCAAAAUUAAAUGUUUUAGAAUCUUAUACACUUAUUCUACACAAUUGCUUCCUUUCACAGUUAAGGAUGAAGUGCAUUAUAGCUGGAUUGUAGAAUAAGCCUAAAUUAACAGAAUUGUGCUUAGAAUUUGAGGAUAGUGACAUACCUACAGUAGAUUAAUAUUAUGAUCCAAAUGAGUUGAUUACUUCUUUUGAUAUUCAUAUGCCUGAACUAAAAUAAUUAAGUCUUAAUUUCUUGAGAUGCAGUUGGUCUUUUAAGCUUGCUAUAAUUAUCUUGCAUUAAAUAGGAUCUUAGAAGCGCUAAUUAAAACCUUUACCAAAUUUUAAUAGCCUAAAUGUAUACAUUUGCAAUUAAUAGCUAGAAGAACUUAUGCUCUACAACUUUAGCUAAAUAGUUAACAAGUUUUAUUCCAAUGCUGCUGAGCUGACAUUAACUUUUGAUGAUUGUGACCUUGAUUUCGAAAAAUGUAGUUCAUUGUUUUUAUUAAAUUUAUAAUAGCUUAGAAAUAUUGAUAUAAGCUUAAGUGAAAAUAUAGAUAUUAAUAUGAAAUCUCUGUCAUAAUUUAUAGCAAAUAAUUAAAAUAUACAAUAUCUAGGUCUCAAGCUGAGACACCUCUAACAACCUGUGUUAGAUUUUGGAUUGUUAGGAAAUGCUAUAAAAAGAUUAACACUAAAGUCAUUUAAUUUAUAUUUCGAGUAAUCUUAAAUCUAAUAGCCAAGAUAAUUAGAAUUCUUCUACAAUGGCUUAGCUGUUCAAAAUUAAAUAGAAUAUUUAACUAUUCAUCUCCAUAAUAUAGAUCAUUCAACUGCCUAAAUUAAGUAUUUUGCUAAAUAGUUGCAGUAAAUGAAUGAAUUGGUAUAGCUUAAUUUACAUCUGCCUAAUUCUAUGCUCAGAAAGGAUGAAAUUAGCUUUAUAUCUAUCAGUCUUGAAAACAAAAAAUAUUUAAAAGAAUUAAUCUUAGAGUUUUAUAAAAAUGAAAUUAUUUAUAAGAAUGGCAUUUAUUUUGCUAGGUCAAUUGCAAGUCUAUUAAAUUUACAAAAACUUGAUUUCAGCUUAAUGAAAUGUGAAAUACUUCCUGCAACUGCUGAAAAGUUGUGCUUAAGUUUAGGUGAACUCAAGUAACUUCGAUAGUUGCAUUUAUACUUGGGUGAAAAUCAAAUAAAUCAGUUUACUUUGAUAUUCUUAACAUAUAGCUUGUAUAACCUUAAAAAUAUUGUUAAUUUUAAGAUAAAUCUCUAAGACACUAGUAUUGGUGAUGAAGGAAUAGCUUCACUUGCCUAAGGUUUAUUAAAUUUGGAUAAAAUAACAUGCUUAGAUUUGAACUUAGAGAAUACAGAAAUUGAAUCUGAAUCGCUUGUGGUUUUUGGAAGAUUCUUUAGAGAAAAAUGCUAGAAUCUUUAAUCCCUUGAACUAAAUCUGAGAAAUAAUAGUACUAUUACAGAAAUAGGAUUUAGAUCGUUAAUGGAAGGUAUAGGAUAAGUGAAAAGCUUAACUCAUAUAAUUAUUAUGUUUAACCAUUGUCUUUUGAAUUAACUUACAUCUUCUCAUUUACCACUGUUUCUUGAAAAUAAAAAAUGUUUAAAAUAUCUAUCAAUUUAUUUUGAUGAAAAUACUCUUCAAAAUGCAACUGCAAAGAGCCUUGGAGUGGCCUUAAAAUAAAAUUGUCUAAAAUUGAAAAGAUUUACUCUGUGUGCAUAGCUUAAUUAGAUGGGAAAUGAAGGAAUUAUUAAUCUCUUUGAAGGAAUAUUUUAAGUACCUGAGUUAUAAAAAGUCACUCUUGAUAUUAGAUAAAACGAAAUAAGUUAAAAAAACACAUUAGUUAAAAUGGGAGCUGCAAUGAGUAAAAGCAAAAAGUUAAAAGAAUUAGAGUUAUUUGUCUUCGAGAAUUAGGAAUUCAAUGAUAGACAAAUAGCUAAAGGGUUAUAUUCUAUAGCAUAAUCAGAAAUAGAUUUAUUUGAUUAGCUUUUAUCAUUUGAAGUAAGAAAUUUAUAUUGGAGAGAAAAUAUAAAAGAUGUAUUCAAUCCAAUAAUCACAAGGCUAAUAUGCUGUAUGCAAAUAAUGGCAUUCUAAAAUUAUUUAUCUCAAACUCUACAUUACAACAGUAAAUUUACUAUCUGGGACCUUUAUCUACCAUGA